AUGUUUGGGUUCUUCAUGGCUUACUUUGUUGAUAGCUGCAGUUUUUUCACAAUUCUGCUACUCAUUGACCUUCAACGGAACUCCCGGACUAACUCGCUGGAGCAUAUAUUAGUCUAUACUCCAUCAGGCCAUGUGGUGGAGCAUGAACUUCUGCCAGAACCACUUGAAAAUGGCUCGAGAGUGCAAAGAACAUCACAUGUUCAAGUUCAGGAGGAUGACUUGAGGACCAAAGUUAAGCCUAUUCAUCAGUGGUGGGGAUGGUCUGACUGGAUGGAAACAGAGGAACGAGUUCCCAAAAGUAUCACCGAAAAGCAAUACAAUUUGGUCACAGUGUCAAAUAAUUCGCCACUCCAUGACGAUGCAAGAUAG